AUGUUUACAUUAAAAUAUGAAAUCAGUUUGGUGUGUUCAGUGCAGCAGUGUGGAGUAGCAGUUAAGCCAGCACCGCAGUCUGAUCUCAAAAAGGAUCAGCAUUCCCUGCUAGAGUCUGGAAGUUCUGCAGAUUUUAAAUUGUGUACCGGGAACGUGGAGACAGGAGCACACAGAGCGAUACUGGCAGCACGUAGCCCCUUCUUCGCCCGCGUGCUGCGGCUCGACUCUAAGGUGUCGAAGGAGAGCCAGUUGGAGGGCCCAGAUGUGAAGCCCGAAGUGUUGGCUGAGAUUCUGCAUUAUAUAUACACUGGAAGUGUGAAAAAUCUGGGUGACUCCACAGCAGAACUACUAGCGGCAGCUCACAGGUUUGAGCUUUGCGACCUGAAUGUAGAGUGCGCCACUCACCUAUCGUGGCUGCUCACGGUGGAUAAUGCUGUCACUACACUACAGCUGUCUGUGCCAUUGAGAACCAGUGCGGCAAAUUGUUAA